AACUGCUGACCAAUUCAUUGCAUAACAAACAAAAUGGCGGACGAUGUGUUUGACUCCGGUACUGCGAAAAAGUAUAACUGGAAUUUUAAAAAGUUUAUCGAACGCACGCCUUGUGCCCGGGAGUCACUCUUGUAUGGAAUUGGUGCUGGCCUGUUCACUGGUUUUGGUUGCUUUAUUAAGACAAUGCACGUUUUCAAGUCCUGUCGAUAUGCAGUUGGUGGCUUUGCCUUGAUCUCUUUUGGAAGCUGGGAGGUAUGCAGGUACAUCAAACACAAAGAGAAAGAAGCAAUCAAACAACACGUGGACACGUUAAACAAAUACAGAGAACAAAGGAGAGAAGAAGAAGAGGGCAGUGAAGAAUGAGCACUAAGAGAAAUAACAUGUAACUCCACCCUUUUUGUCGUAGAGGUUUAUUUUUACCUUUCCUUUGUUCAGUGUGUUGAUUAAGUUAAAAUUUAGCUAUUUGAUGUCAAGGAACUCUAGAAGUUCUUCAGGUUUUUGCAUUUGAAUAUAGAUAAAGAGGAUGCAUUUGUUGCCAGGAUUCUUUUGUCACAAAAUGUCAGUUAUUUAAUAGGAAAGGCUGUCUUGAAUGUAUAAGGUUCAUUUACAUUUUACUUAUGCUUGAACUAAAAUUGUAGUCAUGUAUGUUUAUAUCCUAUCUGGUAAUUCUUUGUACAAAAUAAAACUCAAUGAUUGUAAUUAA